AUGAAUCAAAUAAUUAUUCUCUUAUUAUCUUUCUUCUUCGAAAACAUUAUUGCACGAGGUCCACCUACUCUGUUACCCAAUACAUCGAAUUUUGUUACAUUAGAUAUAAAUGAAAAUAAUUCAAUUGAAUUACAUUGUCCAGUUAUUAUUACACCUGAUUUAUCAAUUCAAUGGUCAAAAAAUAAUGAAGAUUUAGAUCCUAUGUGGUCAUCAUCAAAUUUAGUUAUUAAACGAUUCAUAUUAAAAAUUCAUCAAGCACAUUCAACUGAUGCUGGUUUAUAUAAAUGUAAUGUUGUCAAUGGAUUUGGUAGUAUACAAGCACAAUUUCGAAUUAAUAUUAAAUGUAAAACAAUAUCAAAUAAUAAUGCUAAAAAUAAUGAACAACAGAAUGUAAUAAAUUGGGAUUUAGAUUCAUUGAGUGGAGAAGCACCAGAAUUUAUUUCACGAAAUGAUGAUGGUCAAAUAGGACCAACUAAAGUUAUUCAACCGGAAGGUACAACUGUACAAUUGAAAUGUUUAGCAUCUGGUAAACCAACACCAGAAAUACGAUGGAAGAAAAAUGGUAAAACUUUAUCAGAAGAUGAAUAUGGUGUUACACAAACGCAAAUAUUAAUAGUUAAAGAUUUACGUCAAUCAGAUACUGGUAAUUAUACAUGUGAAUUAUUCAAUUCAUUUGGAGCUAUCAAUACUACAUAUAUUCUUGUUGUUACAGAAAAAUUACAAUUUUUUGGUAACGAUCCUCAAAAUACAAGUGUUGAAAGAGGUAAAACAGCUAUACUUUAUUGUCGUGUUCAAACAAAUGAUCCAACAACAAAAAUUCAAUGGUUAAAAAAAAUUGAUACUCAACAAUCAUUUCGACCUGAUGCUAUUGUAUUUGGUUCAGAACAAUAUGAAAAUAUUGAACAAUCUCAAGAAUUACAAUCACAACAAUAUUCAAAUAAUAUUCUUUCAAAAUCAUUAGUCUUUUCAUCGAUUACUCCUAAAGAAGGUGGACAAUAUAUUUGUUUAAUUCAAAAUGAUAAAGCUACUAAUUAUAAAAAAGCUUUUAUUAAUAUUAUUGAUAAUCGUGAAAGUGUAACACAUUCGACAAAUAUCAAUAAUAAUUUAUUCUAUGUGAUUAUCAUUCCUCUAUGUAUACUUGGUCUUAUUCUCUUUUUUAUUUUUUGUUUUCGUCAUCGACGUCGAAAAGCUAGCCAUCAUCAUAAUCCACAUUCACAUUCUAGUGAUGUUGUAAAAUCUUCUAUAAAACCUCGACAACCAUUAAUUCAUCAUAAUGGUACUAUGGUUCCAUCAACAACAACUCGAACAAGUAAUGAUUAUAUUGCUAAUAGUAUUGAUUCAAUACCAGUUACGAGACAAUAUCAACAACAUCAACGAUAUGGACCACCUCUUUCAUCUGAUCUUGCAUCACUCACUAGUUCUAAUUUAUAUUAUGCACGAGUACAAGCUCUUUAA